AGAUUCUUUACAGAAAACAACAAUGUCACCAAAUCUUAGAAACACUUGUGAUGAAAGCAACAGACCUCUCUGUAGAACCUCCUGGAAUCAAUCUUCGGAUGUGAACAUGAUGUUUUUCCCAGAGAAGGAAUCCAUAAGCAAAGAAGAGCCAGCACAUCAAACAAGAAUAUUGGGCUGGCUAGAAGAAAACAUGAAGGAAGAAGACAUCAUUAAAAAAGAAUUGUGGGAAUCUGAGGAAGAAAAAGGUUCACUGUCAAAACAAUUACCAGUUCAGUCCCUUGUAUCUCCUCAUGAAAAGCCACUUGCAGAAAUGGGGGACUCACUACUGGACUGUAUUAUUAAAGAAUCCCCCAUAAARGACGUAUCUUAUUUUCUCACUCAACCCCACGGCUCCCUGUAUAAGAUAUAUCCAAGUUUUGGUGCCGAGGGACAGUUUUCUGGAGAGGGUAAUCUGAACUUGACUGGCAAAACUCCCAGUCCAAAAGGAGAUACGGCAGUCACUGAUCAACAGCUUGACUCUUCAAACACCUGUGGGGAAAGCAACAAUAGCUUUUCUUCUGAUUCUUUAUAUGAGAACUUUAUGAAUAAACCAGCUCUGAUGCAGUCAAAUAGAGAAUUGAAAAGAACUAUGAAGAACCAUGUAAUUCAGUACAAGAAGAGAGGAAGUGCUCACAGAAAGUUUCUAGAGUCUGAAGUACCUACAGCUGAUAAGAAAUCUUUAUGUUAUCAUUCCGAGACAUCACUUGCUCCUAAGGCAGAAUAUAAGCAAGAAGGCGCAAGCGAUGAAGUGAUCCUCUCCACGCAUAAAGCAGGUAGCCCCUGUCUAAGCCCUUACGAAGCAUCACCAAAUGCAUGUAAGACACAGUAUUCCAAGUGCCACUUGGAGCAGCUCCCAUUUCAGGAGCAAGCUAUGAACUUCAGUGGUGACAUCAAGCAAUUAGAGCAAAGCCAGCAAAAACAAACACAAAUGAUAGAUUUUCAGUGCGAUGAUACGGUUCUGAAGAAGAAAAUUCAAGACAGGGAAAAACUAUUGCUUAGGGAAGGGGAUUUAGGUCUGGAUGAAGUAACUAAGAGAAUGAAGCAGAAUCAGAAGGAACAGUCAGCUCAAAUAAUUGAUUCUUAUUCAGAAAAGAUUUCCCAAGAGUCCAAUUUAAAAGAAUUAGAAAUGGAAACUGUUCAGCAACAGCAUUUUGAAGAAACUGUAAACAAACUGAAGAAGGAUAUUGAAGAUCUAAGAGAAGGAAAAGGCAAGGUCAGCAAAGAGAAAAAUGAUGCUAAGAAUUGGCUGGUAGUCAUGCAGGAAGUUUUAUGCAAUGCCACAAAACAUCUUCAGGAAAUUGUUGCUGAAAAAGAAGUUCUUCUGCACCAGGUAGAAGAACUAAAGUGUGCGUAUUGUCUCCUGCAAAAGCAGCAUGAAACAGAACUGAGGACUAAGUCUAGGACACAGUACUUGGACAGGGACCAUACCAUAUGCAGGAGAGAAGAAAAAAUAAGGGAACUUCAGCAUCUCAAACAAAAACUGGAACAUGAGGCUGAGACUGUCACUUCAGCCCUGCAAGAGCUAAGGGAGGAGAAGGAGAAUACAGAGAAAGGGCUUCUAUCCUUGCAAACAAAAUAUCAGGGAAGAAAGGAUAGCAGCUUGGCAGAAAGGCAACAGCUGGGAUCCAAAUACAACCAGCUGGCUGCUCAGCUUAAAAUUCUGCAAGCAGAAUUUGAAAACGAACAAGCUGAAAGGGAGAAAAUGCAACAGCAGCUCUGUGAGUUCAGAAUAGAGAACCAAAAGCUGCAGCAACAAAGCGCUAAAGACCAAGAACGAAACCGCAUCUUACAGCUUGAAACUGCCAGAUGGAAAAAGAAAUAUGAUAAAGUCAGAGAAUCACAGAUAAUCAAGGCUGCUACGUCAUCCGUGCUUUCUGAUUUACCUCAGAAAAAACUGAAGAGUGGAAAAGACUGCCUUAGCACCUUUAACGUGCAGAGAAUAUCCCAGCUGUUGUCCAAAGUUUGCAGUAUUCUGGCUCUGGCAGAUGGACAUAUCAUGUGUCAGGACACAGAUUAUUUUUCUGUCAUUGAACAUAACAGGAAGAAUGAGGCAAUUGUUCAACUGCAAGAAGAAGUGAAGAACCUUACCCUUAAAAAGAAAACCUUGGAGAAAAAGAUUGAAAAACUAAAAAAUCAUCUGGAGUUAAAGGAGGAAGAAUGCAAGAGACUUACAGGAGAAAAUGGCAAACUUCAUGAAGAUUUGAGAAGCAUGACACUGAAGGUAGUAUCAUAUGARAAAAUUACAGCACACCCUGAUGAAAGGCUUGAGAGUCCCCAGAAACCACAGUAG